CCUCAUUAUACUCAGCUGAUCCCAUUCUUUUUCAAUACAUCGAUGCUCACCACCACAAAUUCCAAUGCCAAACCUCACUCUCCUCCCCCUGCUCACCCUCCCCAAUCCCAACCAUGACCUAACCUUCCUCUCAUCCACUUUCCCUCUACAAUCCCUCUGGCCCUACCUCUUCUCUCUCCUUCUCCCCAUCCUCCUCCUGCCCCUCCUCAAGGCCCCUCCAUCAUACGCACCCCCGGGCUGCCGCAAACUCGGCAUCCCCCGCUCCAAAUCCAACCUCAACGAUGAAUUUGCCCCGGAAUACGCCCACGCAUCGCCUGCAGAUAAAGAUGGCCGCCCCAGCUGCCGCAUCAAGGCGCUCUUCACCUACCCGAUCAAAAGCUGCGCGGGGGUUGAACUCGAUACCGCUGAGGUCGUCGAGACGGGGUUGAAGUAUGAUCGCAUGUUCUGUUUUGCGGAGUUUGUGGAGCGGUCUCCCCAGCCUUCUAGAGCAACAGCAGCAGCAACAGAAACAGCACCACCAACCACCACCAAACCCAAACAAGAGAAAGAAAAGGAAGGAGACUGGAUCGCCCGCACCCUCCGCAACCGCACCUUCAACACCCUCGCCCUCCUGCAGCCGGAGAUCUGGAUCCCCGACUCUUCAUCACCGACCUACUCCCCUUCCCUCCCGGAAGUGAAAUCGCAAGGCGCGCUAGUCAUCACUUACCCACGCGUGCAGCCCUCCCUCCUCACGAAACUACUCAUCGCCCUCCACCUCCUCCCCUCACGCCUUUCCUUCUCCAUCCCCCUCUCACCCACCGCUCAAAAAUCACAAUCUUACCCCCUAACCCCCGUCCAAAUCUGGAAAGACUCCCCCCUCGCAUACAACUACGGCACCCACAUCCCCUCCUCUCUCUGGACCUUCCUCUCCUCCGGCUCGGAAAAGCUCACCGACCCCCACAAGAAAAGAACCAUCUCUCUCUUCAGAUCGCAUCCCACCCAUAACAGGGAAAUCUUCCGCUCUGCACCCAGAAAAGCGGAACUGGGGUUCCAGCCGGUGACUGGCUUUGCGGACGCGUAUCCCCUGCACUUACUCAAUCUGGCGUCCGUCAGGGAUGUGGGAGAGAGGUGUAAGAGGGAUAUUGACCGGUUGAGCGUGAGACGGUUUCGGGCGAAUGUGGUGGUUACGGGACCGGGGCGGUUCGAGGAGGAUGCGUGGAAGAGGAUUUUUGUUCAUCAGGAUCGGUGGAGGGGGUCUGGUUCUUCUUCUGGGGUUGGUGGUGAGGAUCUAAGUCUAAAGAACCGAUAUGAAAAUGGAGAUGAAGAAGACAAUGGUGAAGGAAACGGGGUAGAGAUCCACACCGUCUGCCGCACCAUCCGCUGUCGCCUCCCCAACGUCGACCCAGACACGGGGGACCGCCAUCGCUCCGAGCCCGAUCGCACGCUGAAGAGUUAUCGACGGAUCGAUCCGGGGGAUUUGACCAAUGCGUGUUUGGGCAUGCAGCUUGUUCCGGGCGUUAGGGAAUUCACCCUACGAGUCAACGACCCCAUCUCCGUUCUGGAGACGGGCGAACACUGCUAUAUCAAGAUGCUGGCGCCUGGGGAGAAGGUGGAGGGGGUGUGAUUUCUAUUUCUUCCUUUCUUUCUUUCUUUCUUUCUUAAUUUCUCAUUAUCAUAAUUAGUAUUAUCAUCAUUAUCAUUCCUGUCCCGAUCCAAUGUUAAGGCCAAGGCUAUGGCUAUGGCUAAGGCUAAGAUAGACAGACACAGCGGGAUGUAUGGCUGUGGCUGUGGCUAUAAAUAUGGCUAUUGCUGAACUUCGAGGUUAUUACUGCCAUUUGUAUAAUAAACUACUGUAUAUGUAUAAU